CUCCAUCUCGACGAUCUGGACCAGGCAUGGCAUGGAACCAAAAAUUAGGCCCAUUGAGAAUGCAAUUCCCCAACAGCCUGUUCCUAACUUCAAGUUCACCGCUGCAUAUUCGGAGAAAGGGUUAGUCUCAGACACAUCCCACAACUUGAGGGUAUUUCACAAAGACUUCACAUCUCCGGCGUUUCAAAAUACCUGUACCUUCCCAUUCGCCACGCAUCACCAGCCAGCCGCUGCACUCAACUUGCGGCCCGCCAUGACGAGAACAAUGGACCGUUUCAACCCCCAGUUCGGUUCCAGACUGCCUCGGAUGCCUUCAGAGGUGCUGAUUCAUAUUGCCUCGUUCCUCUUGCCGAGCGAACUGGGCAACGUGCGUUUGGCGUGCAAGACUUUGGAGCACAAACUAUUCAACUUCUUUUCGCAUACCUUCUUCCAUACGAAGAAAUGCAUGGUGACGACCGACAGCCUGCAAACCCUACUCGCUAUUUCCAAACAUCCGGCUUUGUCUCCAUGUCUCCGACGCGUACUCAUCUCGACUGAACGGCCGUUCAUAAACACAGGCUAUGAUCUUGAGGAGAAGCAUCGAAUGCAUCUUGGAGUGGCAGAUCACUACAGCUGGAUGACCACAGGUGCCCUCCGCGACGUGCUAGCAGAGGCAUUUGGUAACCUGUCAAACCUUGACGCCGUGAGCAUUGGACAUUUCGACUGUCGUGUCGCGGGCGCACCUUCGGGACAAAGCAUGAACGUGUUCCAGAACUGGCAGGACAAAAACCCAGGUUAUAUAGACCAGCUUCUCUCAAUUGUCAUUGCCGCCUUAGCUACCGCGCAGGCACGGCCUCAAUCCAUUGAGGCUGCUAUCAGUUGGUCGUCGCGGCGACGGUGCGGACUUACUGACCACGCCUUCUCCAUUGCACCACCCCUCGAGGCCUCGGUGACGCCGCUUCUCUCGGGGUUGCGGUCGCUCCACUUCGUACUGCGUGGAGUCCGAGGCGGAUACUAUGAUAUGGUUCGCAAGUUUCUGUCGCUUACGAGAAAUCUCACUUGGCUCCGCCUAGGCAUCACAGCUGAUAUUUCCCCCGCCAGUCUCCCGGGCUUUGAUAUUGAUAAAGAUAUCGAAGAAUUCCUCAGCUGGCUGGCCCUGGAAGAGACCGAGAGACCAACCAACCAUUUCGACACACCUCCAACAGCACUUCGUCAUCUCGAGCGGCUCGACUUGGGUCCUCUCUUCUGCCGGUCUCAGACCCUGCUGAGGCUCGCCGCCAAGUACGGCCCAACCCUGCGCUGGCUCAGCCUUGGGACGGUAUGCCUGCCGAAGCCAGAUCCUUUUGAUCGGAAGGUCAACCCCUGGAGUACGUUCUUGCUGAAGCUGACCGAGGCGCCCGGUUUGCAUCUCCGCAUGCUCGAGCUGGAUCACUUGCAGGUUGUAUCCAGCGGCAGUGUGGCCUAUGUAUUGUUCCCGAACCCCAAUACUGGCGCUCUGGUCAAAACGCGGACCUUCUCCGCACAUUUGACCAAUCUGGGGGAAGCCGUCAAAGAAGCAGUCAAGGAAAUUACUGUCAAAUGAUACGACUGUCAACAAUGGCAGUUCGAAUGACGGCCACACGAUACAUCACGAGCUCAAACCAUAUCAUGGUAGGGUGGCGUGCGAACCGCGAGACCUAGUCUAUAGGCAUCUGUGUGUGGCGUUGGACAAUCCGGUUCAAGUUGUUCCGCAAGUCCGCCGGUAGGCUCAUUGUAGAGCAUGUACUAAAGCGUCUGGGCGAAUUACACUUCGUACUCGGUGCGUAGGAGACGAUCUUCUGUACCGUAGUACUUCUCGCCUUACCUAGUCCCCUCGCCAUCUUCCAUAGUAC